CGGGGUCAGCUGUGUGCGUGCGCGUGCCUGUGAGGCUCUACGUGUGUUUAUUUACUUCUAAGUCAAGUGUUGUGCUUUUUAACCGGUGUAGAGAUAUAACAGCGUCGGCCCAGAAUGGUUUGAAGAAGGAGAAGGUAGAGUGGGGCAGGGAUGGCGGUGUGUGCUCUAACUGUGCUUGACGGGCUCGGGGAGGAGGCCACAGCUUUGGGCGGUGUGGUCGUCCUAUUCCUGGCUUUGGUUCUGGCCUGGCUGUCCACCCACGUGGCCGACCGCGGAGAUCACAUUCUGGGGACCAUUCUCACUGUGGGCGCCCACGCCUCCCUCAUCGGUCUUGGGGGUCACGACAGCUACUCGAGCCCUCCGUCCAGUUCAGAGGCCAGUGAGCAGCCGGACGAGGAACCUGUGGAGGAGGACAAGCAGGAGGAGCCGGAGGGAGGAGAUGAUGUGGCUGGAGAAGAGCUGCUGGACAUUCAGAGCGGGAGAAAGAAGAUGAGCUGCCUUCAGGACCAUGAGAAGAAAGAUGAAGAGGAAGUGGAGGAAGAGGAAGUGGAGGAUGAAGCCAGCAGUAUUACUGUGAGACUGAAGUUCCUGAAUGACACGGAGGAGAUCGCUGUGCUCAGACCACAGGACACCGUCGGCUUGCUGAAGAGUAAGUACUUCUCUGGCCGAGAGCAUCAGAUUAAGCUGAUCUACCAGGGUCAGCUGUUGCAGGACCCCCAACGCUCGCUCCUGUCCCUCAACAUCACCCACAACAGCGUCCUGCACUGCCACAUCUCUCAAGCGCAGGCUCAGCGUGAGGCGGCGGAGGACGGUCCCAGAGUCAGCAGAGUGUCCAUCCUCAGCGGAGGCUUGCGCUCGGCCGGCGUGGCUCUCAGCACCGGCGGUUUGGUGAUCCCCGUGUUCGUGGUGCUGCUCGCCGUCAUCUGGUACUUCCGAAUCAACUACCGCCAGCUCUUCACUGCCCCGGCCACCAUCUCUCUGGUUGGGGUCACUGUCUUCUUCAGCUUCCUCAUCUUCGGGAUGCACAGUCGAUGAGGAGCAAGCCGUCAGAGACAGAUCUCAGGGAGCCCUCUCGGGUUCUGGUGCCAUUUAGACAACUCCAGUCAUGUGAGUGUGUGCUUUCAGCUAAUCUAAGAUCCCACAUCUUCUUAUGUUGUGUUUUUUUUUUUUUGAGGAACUGAAAUUUGUGUCGAUCAGUUUGAUUUUAUCAUCUAAUGCAAAGGUCUUGACCUGGAUUCCUGGAGGGCUGCAGCUCUGCACAGCUUUGCUCAAACCCUAAUCAAACACCACUGAUCCAACUAAUCAAGGUGUUCAAGACUACUAGAGAAUAUUAAGCAGGUGUGAGUUGGAGCUCAACUAUGCAGAGCUGCGGCCCUCCAGGAAUUGAGUUUGAGACCAUUGAUCUAAUGGGAUAGUUCACCCAAAAAUCUAAAUUGUUAUAGUUUACUCGUCCUCCACUUGUUCCAAACUUGUUUCUUA